CUUUUCUUUAUUUCCAUAUAUGGAGAGUGUUUAAGGUUUCAUGUUCACUGAUGUUUCAUUUUUCUUCAGCAGGAUCAUAUGAUGGAGGAAAACAGUGCCAUUGUUGCAAGCCAAAGCAGUGCUAUUGGUGCAAGCCAAUCGUUGGGGGCUUUAGGAUCUUUUCUGAGGAAAUGCUUGUUCAGUGUGGUAUCUGUGGGCCCCAUUCCUGAACACAUAGCCUUCAUCAUGGAUGGGAACAGAAGGUAUGCAAAGAGGAGGAACCUGCCUGCUGGGGAAGGCCACAGAGCCGGAUUUCUAUCUUUCAUGUCGGUUCUCCAGUACUGCUACGAGUUGUUAGUGAAGUUUAUGACGGUCUAUGCCUUCGGCAUUGAUAAUUUCAAGCGGCCAUCCGACGAGGUGCAAAUUCUGAUGGAUUUGUUGCAGGAGAAGAUUGAGGGGUUGCUUGAGAGAGAAAGCAUUGUAAACCAGUAUGGCAUUCGAGUAUGCUUUAUCGGUAACUUGAAGCUUUUGAAUGAGUCUGUGAGGGAUGCUGCUGAAAGGGCAAUGAAGGCCACUGCCAAUAAUUCCAAGGCCGUGCUUUUAAUCUGUGUGGCUUAUUCUUCUCGUGAUGAGAUUGUGCAUGCUGUUCAAGAAUCCUGCUACGAGAAAAGGAACGAAAUUCAAGCACAGAUUAAAAGAACGAGGGGUGGCAAUGGCGGUUUGGAUGGAGAAGCAGGACUAGACACCAGUGAGGCUUGCAAUGAGAGAGUUGAGGGGGAGAAGGAAAAUACAAUGGUUAAUCAUGUCGAAAAUGUUGAAGGGGAAGUUCAAGAGAGUGAGAAGCAGUUGCAAAAUGUUCCUGUUGUAAAGGUAGUGGACGUUGAGAGGCACAUGUACAUGGCAGUGGCACCUGAUCCAAACAUUGUGAUUCGAACUUCGGGUGAGACACGCCUAAGCAACUUUCUGCUCUGGCAAACUUCUAACUGCCUGUUGUACUUUCCUGCUGCGCUAUGGCCGGAUUUGGGUUUGUGGCACUUGGUUUGGGCAAUUUUGAACUUCCAGAGAAACCACUACUAUUUGGAGAAGAAAAGGAAGCAGAUGUAACGAUUAUAAAUCCACAGAGAUUUUAUAAAUCAUGUGAUCAUUGCUUACAAAUCCCCUGGAAGCUUGGAUUCUUAACUUGAAAUUCGGUAGCAGAAAUGUUUGUGACCUAUUUACUAUAUAUGGUAAUUGUAUUAUGUAUAACAGUGUAGUCAUAUUUGGCGAGUGGGUGCUGUUCCCAAACAAUUCGUGUUAUGUGUGUAACAAUCUUUUACUGUGCAGUUCAGAAGA